AUGGAUGAUGAAAAGAUCAUUGUGUAUGAGUACGCAUCUCAUGGAAGCCUCGAUCAUCAUUUAAGUAACACUGAUCUCACAUGGAGGCAACGUCUCAAGAUAUGCAUUGCAGCCGCAAAGGGGUUGUGCUACCUUCAUGAUCCCAAUGGAACAGAACAAAGAGUUAUACACUGUGAUAUUAAAAGUUCCAACAUUCUACUUGAUGAGAAUUGGAAUGCUAAAGUUUCUGACAUGGGACUAUCAAAAAUAGGACCCGCUAAUCAGUCGCACAGUUUUCUUCCUACCAAUGUUGUGGGUACCUUUGGGUAUAUAGAUCCGUUGUAUAUAGAGACAUACUCCCUCACCAAAGAGUCGGAUGUAUACUCUUUUGGUUUGGUCUUAUUUGAAGUAUUGUGUGGGAGACUAUGCAUUGAACAUAAAAAUGGUCAUUUUCAUAGUUUAGUGCCAAUGUGGAAAAAAAUAUAUGAAGAGAUGAAAUUAGAUGAGAUUAUCUUUGAAGAGGUGAAACAACAUAUGGAUCCGAGGUCAUUGAAAACAUUUUCAGAUGAUUAUCAGUGUUUGCGUAUCUCUCGUGAAGAAAGACCAAAGAUGUCUCGUGUUGUUGAAAAACUUGAAAUAGCACUUGAGUUUCAAGAGAUUUCUGAAGAGGUGGAGCUACCAAUUGACUAUGAAGAGAUGAGUAAGGCUGCAGUUCCUCCUCUGGUCUACAGAUCCAAAGAAGAACUAAUGAUGCUUCUCUACAAAGGUAUCAUGGUUAACGAGGGCAAAACGAUUUAUAGUGAACAACAAUAUACCAUUAUGUUGGAAAUUCAAAACACAUGCCUUGGUUACAUAUUGGCUGGGGAGACAAAAUCUUCGACUUCAUACUUUGCAGAUAAGAGAGAAGAUGGAUUGUUGAUGGCUGAAUUGUAUCACUUUACUAGCGAUAAGAGAAAUGUUGAUCUUGAAAUUACAUUUGAAUGCCAAAAUCCAUUGGCAGUAGAAGGAAUCGAGUUUCAGCCCAAGGAGAGAGUGGAAAAGCAUGAAGUGUUAGAGGAUGAGGAGGAACUCUAUUCUAUUCUUCGUAAAGGAUUCCUAAUCAAUAAUGGGGAAGAGUGGUUCUCUCUUGCAAAAUAUGGGAAGAAAUGUCAUAUGCUAUCAGCAAGAAUAAUGGCUUUGCGAAAAUCAGAAUGGAAAUGGUGUUCUUUACCUGAAUCAAGAUUUGAAGAAGUUGCUUUUGAUCCUCAUGGCAGCUUUUGGAUAAAAUGUAGCUCUAAUAUCCUUUCGCCUGAAACAACAUAUGCAAACAAAGUCAUAGUGAGGAGGAUCUAUCAUGACCCAAGAAGAAACAGAUUCCACAACAAAGGAAUGAUGGUUGGAUGGAAGUAA